AUGAAUUUGACACCUAUGAAUAAAACUAGCAACAUGCAAUUUUAAAAUCAUAUCUAGGCCCUUGAAGAGUUAUAACUUGAGGAUAUGUUUGAAAAUAAUCCAAACUGGUUUGCCUUCGAGACUAGAGUGAGAAAAAUGGUGAUAUAAAUGCUUGAGCCGCAGAUCAAGAGGUCCAUUCAAGAUAAGGAAAUCAUCUAGCAGAUGCAGAAACAUCAUGACAUCAUAAAGCGCAAGAUUGAUGAAUGUGAGUUUGUAAUCCACAAGGCUCAGAAAAAGACUGCAGCUCAAGAAGAUGUUCACAAAAAGAUCGAAUUCAAUGAGACUAAGCAGAAGGUCUACGAGAUCAAAGUCAAGGAAAAUAUAGACAAACUUUAUCAUUAGCAAGAAGUACUUUAGGAAAAGGUAGACAUUGUAGAGUAGGAGCGCUCAUCAUUUAUAAUGAGAGUAGAUAACCUAUCAUAUGAGCUAAAGAAGUACAAAGAAGACCUUUUGAAUAUGAAGGAGUCACUUGGAUAGCACAUUGAUAGGACACAUAUGGAGUUAAAAAAGUCAAUUGCGGGCUUCAAUAAUCAGAUACAGGUAGUUUCAGAGGAAAUUUAGCUUGAAAAGAAAAAACUGGUGGUAUAAAGCAAUGACUUCAAAAAGUUUGGCUUGGUUAUUGAGACAAAUAACCGUAGGCUGGUAGAAGUCGAAGAUCUUUUGGAAAAAAUCUAGCAAGAGAAAUUAGAUUCUCAUCUGUUUACCAAUAGAAUAGCUAUUUUGGAAAGAGACUUGCGAAUGACCUAGGAGCAGAAUUUGAAGUUGGAAUUCCAGAUAAAGGACACUAACUACUUCAUUGAGAAGUAUGUGCCAAUGCAGAUUCAGAUGAUGAUAGAUGAGACUCUGAACAGCACUCUGCUAAAGAAAAACACUCUGCUGAAGAACUUGUAUGAAUACGAGAAGAAUAAAUUCAGACUCCUGGAAGAUCUGAUUAAAAAUAUGGAUGCUAAGAAUGCUUAGAAUCAGCAGAUCAUUAUGGAGAGGAGGAACUAUAUGAUACCUAACUUCCAACUACGUGAGCUAGAAAUACAAAAGGAGAAGAAAGGCACUAAGGGAGCCAAGAAAGGAAUGGGAGGACACAGAGACAGUAAAAGCGGAGCAAGCAAGCUUGGACUUAAGGGUCUGCAAUUGAGGCACAUAUAAAGUGAGUCUAGUGCUGGCAAAAUCAAUACUAUGCAAAGGUCUGAGUCAAAUUUAUCAGGCUAGUCUAAGCUGAAAUUAAAAACUUCAGGCAAGAACUAAAGAAAGGGAAGUGGAGCUCGGAAGACUGUAGCUGGGUCUAAACAACUGACAAAUCAGGGUUUGAGUUUUGAGUCUUAAUAAAACAAGAAGUAGAACAGCUAGAUAUCGGGAAGCAGUUCAAGAGGCAGACAGGCAGCUUAGAAAAUAAAUGACAAUGAGAGUUAAGAUGGAUAGGUAUUGAUAUCAGGUAACAAUACUUAAAGGUCAAACAUCAAGAAAAAGGCUAGUUAGGCUAGCAUGGGCAAAGUUGUAGACACCACUCCUAACUAUACUGCAACUCCCAACCACUUAUCCCAGGAUGAAAGUCAGAGCAUGGACAACAAGGGCAAGAGCAGUGAGCUAUCUCACAGUUAGAAGAGCCAGUCUCAGAAAAGUGACAGUCAGAGCAUUAUUCAUCAGAUACUUGAGCUCUCUGAGGAGUCAAUGGCAGAGUCUGUACACAAAUCUGUUUAGAAAAGAGUAAAAGCAAUAAAGUCACACAUCAGAAACCAGGAGGACUCGAACAAUUUGCCAAAGAUAGAUGAGAUGUCAAACAAUCAUCAAAUGCUGAAUGAAGAUGAAUCGAAUGCCUCUUUCAACAUAAGACAGUAAAAGAAGAAAAACAUUCAGUCAGUGACAGGAGAAAGCGAAAUACAGUUUGAAGAGAGGGGAGACAAAGCAAGCAUCAACUCCUUUAAUCACAAGAUACCUCUAGAUGACAAGUCUGUAGAUCUUCUACAAAAAUCGAAUGUGAAUCUGCAAAGAGUAUUGGAGGAUUAAGACAACUAGAUAAAUUAGAGUGAGGAGGAAGGUGGGGAAAUGGAUGAUCAAGACAUGGAAAAUGAAGAGGAUGAUGAAGAGGAGGGAGAGUACAGUGAGGAAGAUUCAGAUGACUCCAGUUUUCAGAUGACUAGGUCUAUGAUCCAAAGACUGCAAAAGACUGAGGUAACUUAUAGCGAUUUCGAUCAGGCAAUCCGCAACAUUUUCAAGCAAUACAACGAGAACUUCGAGGACUUUAAGACUAGAUUCCCAGCAGAAGUCAAUCAUCACACUUUCAAUGCCUAGAUAGACGAUGUUUACAGAGUCAUUGAGAGCACUAAGAACGGCAUCAGAAUCCUAGCUGAGUAAAUACAGUAGCAAUUCAAGGAGAUAGGCUAGCAAAUGCAGGAGGAUAGAGAGUACUACCAGAGUGAAAUAUCUGCCAGCGAGAAAAAGAGACGGAGAGAGCAGUUUGAAAUUAUGCAAAAGAUUGAUGAGCUGAGGCACUAUGUUAAAAAUGUGGAGAGAGGAGUCCUUCUUUUACAAAGCAAAGACGACUUCUAUCAGAAAAUAUGUCUCUCUUUGAUUGAAGUAGCCAAGGUCGAUAAUGCACUGAUGCAGGCUGAUGAAGUAGACAAGAAAUCAAUAUCUCUGCUCGGAGUCAAGGAGGAAAACUUUAGGCCUACAAGCCCCACUCAUAAUCAGAUCUAAGUGCAUAUUAAUUCUCCAUCACUGAGUGCUUCAGUAUACCAGCAACCCAAAGACAAAAACCAACAGCCAGUGAUAUCUAUUGACAAGUCGUGUUUAAGUUGCAGUUCCCAGCCAUACAAGGUCAUUGCUGCUUUUAAGAUGGCUUGCUUGUCAUACUUCCCUUCUCAAGUUUAAUUCUAAGAGAGGGAAUACAAUAGAGAAUCUCUGAUAGAAAUAAAGAAUGGUAUACUGGAUGACUUGCUAGUGACCAUUGAAAGAAAGAUUUAGCAUCAAGAAGAAUUCGAAAGAAAUAUCAAUGAUAGACGAAGAAGCAACUUAAGCGAUAGUGUUGGAGGCAGGGAUGACACACCUCAUAAUUAUCAAUACCCUCUAAGACCAAGUAUGAACCAUGUAAUAUUGAAUUCACAGGGCAAUACGAUUAGCAUCACAGGCAACAGGCCUUAAAGCCCAGCUAACCAUAGAAUUGACCCUAAAAUUUUAACCAUCGAAGAUGAUAACCUCUCCAAUAGCAACAACAAUCUUAACAAAGUGAACUUUGAUCACACUCUGAAGUAAAAAACCAUCUUUCUAGACCCUGACAACUCUAAUUCCAACUUGAAGUCAGACAGCUCGCAGCAGUUCAUGACCUCAUACUAGCGCAAGAGCAUUAAAAUCUCAAAUAUCAAGUACAAGACUGAUCUCCUGUUCUCUGACCAAAACAACCCUAACUUAUCUCUAACCAAUCACGGAGUAGCAAAGCAAAUAGUAAACAAUAAUGGUCAUGCAGCAAGGGACCAAUUCAGCAAUAGUGUCAUCCUUAACCCAUUAAUUGAGGAGUAGCGCUAGCAGGCAAGAAUGAGGAAUAUGAGUGGCUCUGGUGCACACACUUAGUUUCAGACAUCAAAAGACUAUCUUAACAACACAGUCAAUAAGAUCAGCAACAGAAGAGAUAUUAGAGUGCCCACUGAUAUAUCAAGUGCGCCUAUCAGUCCAUCUCAUUUAGGAUUCACAAGCACACCUUCUUCAAGUUAUGUAAACAAGAGAAGGGUAAGAAAUAGAGCUGCUAAUAACAGUACUUAACUUGGCUCAUCAACGAAUGCAAGCAGAGACCAUUCCAAGAUAUUGCUUGCUCCUAAGAACAUUUGA